AUGUCGGAUGAUGCCGUGACCGAGCCAAAGCCCAAGCGCAUCAAGGUAAAGUACGGAGAUGUGGAGCAAGGCUUAAAAAUAAGCGAGGACGUUUCUGCUGAGGACUCACUGAAGCUGGUUGCUCGUAAAUUUGGCUUCUCAUCACCUGACAGUAUUACGCUGAGUGAUGCAGAUGGUGAUGCAGUUGUUCCAUCCUAUGGCAACGUAGCAAACGACCAGAUAUACACGGUCCAUGCCAAUCCUGCACCAUCAGAUGGCUUCGUCAAGCCGGAGUUCAUUGACUGGCUACAAGGUGCUUCGAUGAGCAGUGAGCAGGAGAGCCAAGAAGCAGGGCUCACCUAUUUGGCAAACCGCAACAAGAGCGUCAGUGCGGAUGACCUGCCUUGGAAGAGUCCGGUCAUCGUUCAGCGAGAAUGCUACUUGAAGUUCUUGCAAUUUCUGCGGGGCUGGAAGGCGGACGACAGAAAACGGUGUGUAGUCAGUGGCACACCCGGCAUAGGAAAGACCACGCUCAUCUACUACCUCAUCUGGCUCUUUCUGGCUGACAAGUUGGACUAUGAGUGGAUUGUGUUGGGCACUGCUACACGGCUGAUUGCCAUUGCAAAGGAUGGCAAGUGCAACCCCCACAGGACCGGAGAUGAGCCAAUGCUGGAGAAGUCCUUGGGCUUGUUCGACAUCAAGCCCGACGCGACGGUGGCAGAAGGUCAGAAGAGCCUCAACAUACAGGAUGCCAACAGGCACUUCAGGGUGUGCCACAUGGUGAUUGUCGCGACCGUCGGCUUUCGAGCAGUGCUUGGAGAGUUCUGGAAAACUCCAAAGAGUGUCAAAUACUUUCCAACGUGGUCGCCAAAAUCAGGCGUUGGAUUGGGCAUUCUAAUGGGGUUGUCUGAUUCGGAGCGGAAGAAGCGUCUCGAGGUGUGUGGCGACUGCAUUCCGCGCUUGGUCCAUAGUGAGUUCGGGCUUGAGGACCUCCGAGAGCAAGUGGAUAAGUUCUGCAAGGCUGUUCUUGGCGCGCUCAAUGCCGCGGAGAAGCGAACCUCAGUCAAACAGGCGCAUACCAUGCUUGUUUUACAGCCAAGCCCUGAUAUGAAGGAACGUGAAUGCCCGUCCUUUGUGCCUCUUCUGACAGCUGACGCAGACGAUGGUUCUGCUGAAGCCAAGGAAGGCGAGACCAUAGGACUUGUCUCUACCUACGUUCGGGAUGCGCUCUUCAAAAGCAUGACCUCCUGCACAUCCGAUGAGAAUCUCAGCAACUUGGUGCAGAGGAUGCCCGAAAUUGUUCGAAAUUAUUUUCAGGAUGCGGUUCUUAAUGCGAUUGGUCGUGGCGAUGCAACUCUGCGCAACGAGGAUGCCUCCAACAUUGUCCUGCCGUUCAAAAAACUGGAGUUUUGCGCUGUGGCAAAGACUUGUCCCAAACCCAACGUGCUUUACAGACAUCCACCCCAGCAAGACAGGAUGAAGUUAAUUGAUGGCUUUGGGUGCUGUGGUGAUACGCUCUAUCUGCUUCAACCCACCACCGGACAGAGGCACACUAAAGUCAUAACUAGUCAUAUCAGGGAGCUUGUUGACCUUGACAAUCUGCCGGACGCAGUCAAAAAAGUGGUUGCGCUCUACGUUCGCCCUUGUCAUUGCGGAGAGCCUCUGCGAUUGGUUGAGCCUCGCGAAGGAAAGAACAGCCCCAAAGGGCAGAUUUGCAAGAAGGCUUUCAGCUCCGUGAUAGUAGCCUCGCUUUGUUUCACUCGGAGUUGCUCAAAGCAUCUUCAAAAAGCCAUGUGCCAAAAGAGCACGGAAUACCACCCCUGA